GGGCGUGUUGUCAGUUCUUAGCUCGCCUGCCGCUAACUGCAGGCUAAAGUUUCACUUUCUGUAGCUGAUGAGUAUCCUCUAGCUUGAAGAAUUGGCACUUCGGGGGAAACGAAACAAGAACUAGAUCCAGAUUUGUCGGAGCGACGCAAGGUCACCGAUGUACCUCCGCGGUCACUUUCAAGGCUGAUAUUAACAGUUAGUGUUAAAGUUUCCCCCACCUCCCCUCCGCUGACCGCCUCCUAAACCGUCGCUUUUUUCAGCUAGCUUUAGCGGCUAGCCACCGCUAGCAUGGACAGCGGCGGAAACAUGCAGAGUAAUGAGGAAAGAAACGCGGAGAAACUGAUGGACAACUAUUUGAAAUCUCAGGGGUUCCAUCGGAAGAAGAUCGCCAAAGAUGGUUCCUGUUUGUUCCGAGCCGUAGCCGAGCAGGUGCUGCACUGCCAGAGCCUGCAUACUGAAGUCAGGGCCAAAUGUGUGGAGUUUCUGAAGAAGAACCGGGACAGCUAUGAAGCAUUUAUUGAAGGGGACUUUGAGGAGUAUCUCUGCAAGCUUCAGGACCCUCAGCAAUGGGUGGGAGAGGUGGAGAUCAACGCGCUGGCCGUCAUGUACAAGAGAGACUUCCUCAUCUACCAGGAGCCCGGAAAGCCGGCUGUGAGCAUCACAGACAACAACUUUAAGGACAAAGUCCGGCUGUGUUUCCUGAAUGGAAAUCACUACGACAGUGUUUAUCCCUUGGAGAGCAUUAAGAGCGCUGCGAUCUGUCAGUCCAUCCUCUACGAGCUCCUGUACGAAGGCGUCUUUAAGGUGGACCGCAACUCUUUGGGUUCCUGUCAGAGAACCAGCCGGGCGUCGGACUUACUGAGUGACGACUGCAUGAACGUCUGCAUGAGCAGUGACGAGUCCGACCUGGAAACUGAAGAGCCGAUCAGAACGAUUCUCAUAAUGUUUCCGUUUCAGGGCCAGGGCCGAGGCCGUGGCCGGCUGCUGCCUGAGAGGGUGAGGCGAUCGCUGAACCCGACUCUGCUCCGAAAUGUGGACUACGACAUUUGGCACAAGACCAAAAGAGCCCAACAGAAGAUAGAUUACUCCAUCGCUGCAGGGAUGCAGUUCUCUGCAGGGGAUCGCUGUCAGGUUCGCCAAGAGAAGGGACGCAGCUACAAGGCCACCAUCAAAGACGUGCCCGCUGAUAACGGCCUGGUGACUGUUUACAUCGAAGAGCUCGGGGAGAAGAAGGUCCCUCUAUGGUACCUCCGACCGAUUAACGAAGAAAACAGCUGGACCACCGUCACCAACCGCGACAAGAGGCUGAGCAACGGACACGGAGAAUGGGAGAGCAGGGGAAGAGGGAGAGGACGAGGGAAGACCAUUGGAGCAUCCUCCUCCUCUGUUUCCCCAGCAACGGGUGUCGGCUCCACUGGGCGCAUGCAGAAGCAACACUCAUGGCCCCCUCAGGCCACCGCAGAGGAGCAGGGAGGGGGGAAGUCAAACAGGAAGUCGCUGAGUUCAACAGAGCCUUGUUUCGGUUUAACUGAGGAGGAACGUUUGGCUAUGAAGAAGGAAGAGGAGAAAAACGCUGCGCUGGUGGAGAUCCAGCUCAAAGAUGAAGAGAGCUUCCCUGCUCUUGGGAGUCAGUCUGAAUUUGGGAGGAAGAAGUUGGGAGACAAGAGGCGAACCCAGAGAAACAAGAUGAGGAGUCCAGUUGAUGAGGUCAGAGCGCCGUCGCCCACUGCAGGCGACAGACCUAAAUCCUCCACUCCACCUCCAGCUGCACCUCCGGUCAAUGUGACCUCGCACACCAACAGCGCAAAACCCGCUGCUAACUCCGACCCCACUGGGCCGAGCUCUCUAAAUGUAAACAUGGCCGCCGCAACAAUUUCAGCUCCCGCCUCCUUCUUGCUGCCCACCAGUGUUACUGCAGAGUCCAAACCAAGCACCCAGUCCUAUGCCUCCGCCGCUGCUGUCCCCGUUUCCCCUCCACCGGGCAUCAAGCCCCCUGCCCCGUCCUCCGCCAGCCUCUUCUCCUUCAUCACCCCCAUCCUCCCUGCCGCUUCGGCCCCAGCUCCGCCUUCGUCUUCCUCUUCGGCUGCAUCUCCUCCACCUCAGGCCUUAGCUGCAGCUCCAACUUUCAUCGCCCCCAUCGCUCCGAGUCCGACGGGUGCUCAGGGCUUCAAACGCCCCUUCUCCCCGCUGACCUCUCUGCCUCGUUCACCCAGUCCUCCCUCCUCCUCCUCCACCAUCAUCCCUCCUCCUGUUCUGGUCAAAGAAGCUCUACCGGCCCCGACUCAUGCUUUGCCAAAGAUUGAAGGAAGCCUAUCAGCAUAUCAGACCUCACAAAGUGAGACAUCUGCCUCUCAGAAUCUUCCCCAAGUUGUUCCAAACCAGGUUAAGGCUUCAUUGUCCCCGCAAGAAAUAACAACCCAACACUCUUUACAAGAAAUCCAGACCGACUCUUUUCCACCAAACCAGAUCCAGGCCCCUCAGCACCAGCUACAGGCCCACGCUGAGGAGGCCCCAGAGCCUCAAACACUCCUCCCACCUCAGUCUGAGAGCACUCCAGUUCAGCCCCCAGAGCUUCCUCAGGUCCUACAGUCUCCCAGCAUUCAGAGUUCAGAAGAGCCUCUGCCUCCGAAGUCCGAUUCUCCUCCCUCAGAUCCCCAGCACUCCCACCCGCCUCCUCCUGUCAGCGCUCCACAGAUACACCCUCACCUUCCUCACCCUCAGUCCAUCCCUGGGACCGUCCCCCUGCAGCAGCUGACCCAGCUCUACCAGGACCCCCUGUACCCCGGCUUCCCUCAGGGGGAGAAAGGAGAGGCCGUCCAGGGCGUUUCCUUCUCCACUAGCAAGUCUGGAGACGACCUGCCCAAAGAUAUUAACGUCCUGAGGUUUUUCUUCAACUUGGGCGUAAAGGCGUAUUCUACGGCCAUGUACCCCCCCUGCGUUUACCUCUUCCCCCUGCAGCAGUACUACACCAUGCAACUCAAACCCCCCUCUCACGCCCCGUCCCCCACCUACGCCUGCCCUAGCCCCCCGGCCAAGCCGCAGGAGGCGUACCAACCCGGCCCCCCUUACCCCCCAGCAUCAGCUUCCCCUCAGUUCAACCACCAGACCCCGCCCGCUGAGCCCCCGCGCAACACUGAACCCUCCUUCAACCCGAAUCUGUACCAAGGGGUUACCCAGCCUCCUCCCCAAAGGAUGCCCUGUACCUCGUUGCCCUGGCAACAGGUCCCUCCACCCAGAAACCCCAGUUGUCCUGUUGCGUAUCCCUCCCCUCCUCCACCGUACUCCAACCCCUCACCCUCCUCGCAGGGGUACCACCCAGGACAGGCCCCGGUACACUCCCUCUACCCCUCAGCUGCCCCCCCGUACCCCCACUUCCCCAUCAGAUACCAGCCGUCGUCGGCCCCCGAGGAGCUCCAGGUGAGCCAGGGCGCAAUGGAGCAGCUUCCGCCCGGCAACGCGGACCCCAUUCACAGCCACGGACACGUCCGAGUCCUGGGUCCCAUGGAGACCCCCCCUGCUGCUAACAUGGUCAACCCUAACAACAACAGAGGCAAUAUGCUCCCUGCCAACUACGCUUUUAACAGAACGUUUUCCCCAUCAGCCUUGAAGAAGGAGCCGGGGGAGGUUCUGACCCGGACAGUGCUGCUGGUGGACCCCCCACUCAAUAACAAGCCUAUACUGGCUGUGGUUUCAGACCCCGACAUGAGCGACGCCUCCCUGAGGUCCAGCAGUAACCCCGGCUCUCCAUCAGGCUACAGAGGCCCUCGGAAACACCUCCCCAGCACCAAACCAUACCCCGCUCCAAGCGCCCCUGAUCACAGCCAUAUGGUUUACACAGCAGCGGGCCUGGGCAUGGCGGAGCCGCUGUCGGUGGCGUGCAGCACUGAAGACGACUUUGAUGUGGACCCGUUUGGCUACCAGGGGCAAAGGAGGGUCUACAGGGGGCGGGGAGGAAGAGGACGGAGCAGCUAUGAUCCUGGGAGAGGGAUGCAGAGGCGGCGGCAUGGCGACCAGGGGGCGGUGACUCAAUAUUAUAGCUCCAACCUUAGGGGGAGGGGGCGGGCAUACUAGCUUCAGCCAAUAAGGGAGGAGGAUCUUUAAAAAAAAAAAAAAGCCGCCUUCAAACACUA